AUGAAUUCUUAUGAAUUGGAAUUGAAAUCAAAGAAUAUUAGUGAUAAUGUUGAUUUAUUCAUACAAACUAAAAUGUAGGGAGAAGAAGUUCAAUUACCAAUUUUAUGUUCAUUUUCAAAAUCAAUUAUUGAUAUACCUGUAAGACAUUCUGAUUUUGCCUUACUUAAAUGUAUUUUCGAUUUAAACUUUUGGUUAGAAUAUUGCAAUAAAUAUGAUAAAACAUAAAAGUAUUCAAUAUAGUAUAAAUUCAAUAGUAUUGUUGUUUGUCCUGGAUGUAAUAAAAAGAUAAUUACUACUGAAUUUGGUGUAGAUUAUAAGUUAUAUCAUGCUUUGGAAGCUUUUAAAUUAUUUAAAGAAUAAUAUAAAAGAAUGAAUCCCAAUAAAUAUAUUGAAUCAAAUGAACUUUUUUAUAAGGCAUCCUACUCCAAUCCAGUUUAUAAAUUUAAAGUUAAAGAUGAUAAAAAAGCUUUAACCUUCCAAAAAGUAACUAUUCCAGGAACUUCUGCUAUUUUAGGUAUCUAGAAAAGGCAUCUCCUUAUAAAUAAAGAAUAAAUACCUUAAAAAAAAAAAAUAAAUGAUGAUUUAGCCUAAACCAUUGAGAAAUUAUCUCAAUAUCUCAAUCGAAAAUUAUAUAGAAUAUCAAAGGAAAGAUAAAUAUUCAUAAGAAAUUUAUAAAAAUUAAUAGAAUUUAAAAAAAAGGAGAUUAGACAUAUAUUUAAUAAAUCUAUGAGAUUAAUAUCUUUUGGAAAUAAAUCUUUAAAAAAUGAUUUCAUUUUUGCAUUAAAAUAAAUAUCAGGAGUAGCUAAUAGAUUAAAAUCACUUGUAACUAUUAAUUUCUACAUAGUUAAUUGUAUAUUAUGUAUAUUAUGAUGUUUGGCAUGAAUACAAUUUAGAUUAUAAUUAAAAUCCUAUUGAUAUUUUAGAACAACAAUUAUGUAUAAAAGAAUUUAGUGAAGGAAAAGAUCAUUAAUUAUAUAUUAUAGGAGGAGUAUAUACAACAGAUAGAUACAAAUAGAGUUCGUAAUUUAUAAGAAUUCAAAUACCAAGUGAUCCAUAUGAGAAAAAAUAAGCUUUAAUUGAGAUUUUACCAAAUUUACCUUUAGAAGGCUAUAAUUUUAUGGGCACAGGAUAUAAUGGGUAUUUUUUAUUUUUACAAUUCCAGAAAAAUAUAUGUCUUUUAUGGUUAGAAAAGAAAAGUAGUAGAUGGGGAAAAUAUUAAUGAACUAUUGAAUAAUCCCUAUGUAUAUAAAAAAAAUAGAUGGGAGAAACUUGAUAUUCUAUUAGAAAAUAGAUUUGAUGGAAGUUUUUUCGUAUAUUAAGACCCAAUAUUUGAUAAAUUAGUAAUCUUUUAUGGAGGUAUAUCUCAUUAUCCUAAUGGUAUACCUAAUCAUCUUUGUGAAUAAUAAAAUAAAAUAUAAAUAUUUUCUUGUAAGGAAGAAAAUCUAUUAGGAAGUAUAUAAAAAUAUUUUGAACCUGAAUUUUCAAAAAAGCCAGAAGAAUAAUAUUAAAAAAAAGUUCUUUGUACUCCUCUUUUUUCUUGUCCAUAUUAUGGGAGAAAUUAAUUAAUUUUAUCAGGAGAAUUUCUCAAGAAACCGUUGACUGAAGAUUAUAAAAUGGGAAAGAGAGAAAUAUAUACUUUAGAUUGGGAAAAUGGUAUAUUUAGAUUAAAUGAAUUAUUUUCACUUGAACCUCCUUAAUAAAUUCUUACUAUAGUUAAUUCUGGUGGCAAAACAUUUUAACCUGUUUAAGACUUUGAAGGUUGUGUUGCCUAUGGUAAUUUUUAUACAAUAUUUCACACUCAAAAUGAAAAUAAAUAAGAAUAAAAUUUAAAAACUAUCACUAAACUCUUAAAAAUAGAUCUCACAAAUAGUCAAUGUAAAUUUUAAUAAUAUUAAUUAGUUAGAGUAUAUUAAUAUGAAGAUUAAGAUUAAUCAAUUUAGAAAUCAAAAGAAUUAAUAGAAAAAUUUGAAAACAGAAAAAAUAUUAUUUUAUGA